CUAUUUUAAUAAAAAUAAACUCUAAUGGAAUACAAUAACUCAACUGAAAUUUCAGAUAAUGAACUACAGCUCUGUCCAGGAUGUCAGACAUUCUUCGGUAGAAAGGAGACAAAUUAUAUGUGUUCAAAGUGCUUCAAGGGAUCUCAGGCUAGCCAACCCUCUGAUAGUACUCAAAAAGACCAAGUAAAGGUAUCAGAAAUUACUGAAAAGCCAUCUGAAGAGCUUCUAAUUAGCUCUACUCCGCCUGUCCCUUCAAAGGAUAUUGAGAUGGUACCACAGGAAGAAGCCUCGACCGAAGAGAAGAAGGUUGCCGAAGUAACAGCUCCUAAGCCAAAGAAGAAUAGAUGCAAUCAUUGUAAUAAAAAGACUGGCUUGUUGGGCUUCAGCUGCAAGUGUGAGCUCAACUUCUGUGCCAAACAUAGACAUGCAGAUGAUCAUAACUGCUCGUACGAUUACCAAGCCGAAACGAAGAAGAUUCUUGAAGAAAAGAACCCAGUGGUGGAAGCCUCAAAAUUCGGUAGAAUUUAGAUAUAUAAAAUAAAAUUUCCUUACAAAUCAU